AUGGAGAAGCAUUUCGUUUUCUACACGUUAUUUUACACUAUUCUGUUUCACCUUUUACUGCAUAACGAAGCAACACCAUGGGCUAGAAGACAGUGUCAACAGGUAGCAAAUGGCUAUGAUUGUAGUGAUAUGAACCUACAUGUCAUUCCAGAUGAGAUACCAAAUUCUGUCCAAAUUUUGAAAUUUAGCUUCAACUAUCUUCCUGCCCUAUACAACUUUACUUUUCAGAGGCUAACGAGCUUGAAUUAUUUAGACCUGACAAGAUGUGGCAUCACUUUCAUGUAUGAAGACAUUUUUAAAUAUCAGCCUGACUUGGCGGCCCUUAUCCUAAUCGGAAACCCACUUGUGUUCAUCGCAGCAAGAGCUUUUUCUGGACCUCUAGCACUCAAAUAUCUAAGCCUUGCUCAGUCAAAGAUACAAAGCCUAUCAGACAUCCCAUCAGAUAAUAUUGCAUAUUUGGAGGUUCUGGACAUUGGGGGAAGUGAAAUUCGCUCAUUAGAUGGACUAAGCAGUUUUCACUGUCAGAACUUACACAGCCUGCAGCUGGACAUGAACUCCAUUGACCGGAUAAGAGAGGAUGAUUUAGCACCACUCCGUAAUGUGCACGGGAUGAGCAUCAGCUUCAAAGGAAACGAUUUUGUCAAUAUAGAACCAGGUGCGUUUAAGUCACUGAACUUGAGUAGUCUUGAUUUCAGUGGCUGCCUUAGCAAGAUGGACUUCUCUUCCCUACUGAAAGGGCUUGAAGGUCUUAAAACCAACAGACUGAACCUGGGAUUGUAUGAAACCGAUCCAAAUGUGUACAUACCAUCAGCUGCACUACAAUCUUUGUGCACGAUCUUUGUUACUGACCUGGAUUUCCAGCUUCAGCAUUUCUCAGACCUAAAUAAUUUCCCAUUUGAUUGCCUUGAAUGGAUUAAAAAGCUUGACCUUACUAGAGCCCACCUGGAUUCAUUACAAUUUAACAUGACUGGCCCAUCUACAUUGUCCCAUCUGGUGCUAGAUGAGAACCGCUUUAAAGAUGUCUGCAACAUCAACACCAGAAACUUUCCCUUGCUUACGCAUUUGUCCGUGAGUGGGAAUUCAAAGCAACUCAAUUUUAGCAGCAAAUGCUUGGAGCAUCUUGGAAUCCUAGAAGAGCUGGAUCUCAGUCUUAGUUUAGUAAAUCCCAGGGGACCUUGUUGUAAUGACCAGCUGUUUGGUCUGAGUGAACUGAAGCUCCUCAAUCUCAGCUAUGGCUCACAAAUGCUCUGGAGUUCACAGCCUUUCAGUGCAACUCCACAGUUGGAGCACUUGGAUUUCAGCCAUUCAUACUACACUUUGAAUGACAGCUCACCUUUUAGCAAUCUACAGAAUAUCAAAACUCUAAAUCUUUCCUGGUCAAAUACCAGUCUGACAAACGUGCACAUUUUCAAAGGGUUGAAGAAUUUGCAACUCCUCAAUUUGAAGGGGAACACAAUUCAAGGAGGGGUUCUUACCCAGACAGAGCUCUUUAAACAUGUCCCUCUUUUGGAAACCCUCAUUCUAUCUUCAUGCACAAUAACUGCUUUUGAAGAGAACUUGUUUAAAGGUCUCAUGCAUCUCAGGCAAGUAGACCUGAGUGAAAACAAGUUGGUCAAACUGAGCACCUCUGUAUUUUACUCCCUGCAUUUUCUCGAACUUAACUAUGCCAGUAAUGCCAUUGUGACAGUGGAUGUUGGAAGCGUUAUGGAUCUGGGAAAUAACAGUACUGUUGAUCUGAGCUACAAUCCCUUGGUGUGCAACUGUAGCAACUUUGCGUUUAUCAACUGGGUUAUAAAAAACAAAAUCAAAGUAAAACACUUAAUGGAGACCACUUGUAAUGGCACAGGAACAAGGAUUAUUGAUGCUGAACUUCAGUGUGAAUUACCUGUUGUUGUACUUGCAUUUGUUAUAAUUCUAGUAGCAAUCCUAAUUACAUUGGCCAUUUUCUGCCUUGUCAGGAGAAUUAGAAAAUAUUCAAGAUAUUCCCAACUGUAAAUUAAGAGUUUGUUUGGUCUCCCUCCAAAUGCAGACUACAUAAACAUAAA